GCAAUUGGAAGUACUUUAGUUUCUUAUUGGAACUUUGUUGGGAUUGGAUUUCUUGCUAGGCUUUGGCAUCGAUUUGUUUUUGGGAGUGAAUAACCAGCCUCUGACCGCUGGAAAUGACGCAGCAGGUGUGCCAAGGAGAGCAGCAGUGACCCCGCCAGCGACCAAGGAGCAACCUUCGAGGAUUUGCAGUGGGGACGCGCAGCAAUCGGAUCGAUAAAUGGGCGCCGAGCACUCGCAGCAGCGGGCGGAGGCCGAUGGCCACGAGAUCUUCGAUGGCCGCCAGCCGCUGGGCAUUGGCCAGGCCGGCGGGCCAGGAGCCCUCGGCGAUGGCAGCACCAUGAUGCUGGCGGCCACGGCUGCGGCCAACAAGCGACGUGGAGUCGGCCAUCGCCAGCAGUCGGCAGGAGGAGUUGGAAUUGGAGGAUUGCCUGGCAACCCAGCGGUGGGAGCAGCACCCGGAGCCAGCAUAGUGAUAGCUAGCAAGCAGAUCAUCGCCGAGGCAGCCUCGCCCGGCGGCUCCGAGUUGAGCCGACCGCCAUCGCCGCCGCUGAGCGUCUGCUCCGACCUGCCAUAUGUCUCCUACACGGAUCGGCCCAUCGGCGACUCGCCCAAGAUUCGCAGCAAGCCGGCGCACAUGCUGCAGCAGAGCAGCGCCAGCCGGGCGGCAGCCAGGAAGUCGCAUCCCGGCGGCAUCACCAGUGCCAUCAAACCCAAGCGGCCGCAGUCCACCGCCUCCAGUCACAACAUUGUGAUAGUGCGUCCCGGUGCCAGCGAUGCUGGCGAGGAUGUGGAUCUUGACUUGGCCCGGUUGCGCAACAUUCCGCAGUUCCUGCCCGUGCUCAGGGAGUCCAUAGCCUCGGCCACCUAUACGCGAGAUGCGGAGAUUCUGGAGCGACUGCACUCGCAGCAUCUGGUCAACAUAUGUGCCCGCAUGCAGACGCAUCUGAAUCUGUGCGCCAGCUAUGUGGCCAGCGAACAGAAUCACCUGGUCGAGCGCACCAAGGUGGUGAGCAACUCGAUCACCACACUCUUUGCCGGCUUCGUGGACAUGCAAAAGACGUACGCCUCGUACGCCGAGCAGUUCGCCAAGAUACGCAGCGUGUCGCAUCAGCUGAGCCGCUGCAAUUCGCUGCUGCACGAGAACAUUGCCAGCCUGGAGGCGAUCAACAACUUCCUGGACGACGAGGACCGACUGGAGCCCUUCGUCUGGCGCACCGACGACAACAAGCUGCGCGGCGAGGCCGAGGGCGCCACCGGGGGCAACAGCAGCCGGCUGUGGCGGCUGUAGGGCCGCCGUACGGAUCCACAUACUUAAUGGUCUCCAAAGAUUUUCCUAGCCCGUAAUCUUCGUGUAUUUAUUGUGUAUAUUAAUCGUUAACGAUGCCGCUUAAUCGUGAUUUUUAAUUAGUAAAUCGAACUUAAUAUUAAA